AUGAGCUCUGAGGUUUUAGUGGCGAGGCCCCACUAUGACAGCAGAGCUGUGGCUCAGGUCCCGGUGAAAGAGCCUCCUGUAGAGCUGGACAUCCCGCUGCCGUCCUCAGGCUCAGCAACAGCAGGGUACCGCUCAGCUAAAUACUCACCGGCUGAGUGGUUCUCCAACUACCACACCAUCCUUCAACAGGCCGGUACCGACCGCCACGAAGCCAGCAGCAUCCAGCGAGAGUCCAAAGCUCUGUACCAGGACACUGAGGCAGCCACUUUGAAGACCCAGGCUGAGGGAACACGUCUUCUGGGAGAGAGAUUACAAGAGAUCCACUACUGGAAAUCGGAGCUGCAACGGCACAUUCACCAGCUGCUGUCCGACACAGAGUCUCUCUUGGCACUGAAGACGAGGCUGGAGAAGGCGCUGGACGCCACCGAGACUCCAUACGCCAUCGCCACCGAUAAUCUCAACUGCAGGACCAGGAGACUGGGACCAGACCUGGUUCGAGACACUGUGGAGGAGGAGCUGGUGAAGGAAGUGGACUUGAUCAGGAGUGUCCAGGCUCUUCUGAAGAGGACCACGGCUCAGGUUGUCAGUCAAAUCAAGAUGAACAGAGAAGCUAAGCAGAUGCUGGAGUUAGACUGGUCUGAUAAAUACCAGGCCUACAACUUUGAUGACCACAGUGGACGAUACAGUAACAUGAGCCCAGAUACACAGCUCCACCCCAGCUCAGCCAGCAUGCAGGACCAGGUGUGUAACUCCACAUCAUGGACUAAGUUUACACAGGACAACCUAUCCAAGGCCAUGCAGGAAGAACAGGCCACCAACAGUCUCAGACUGCUGGUGGAGCGAGUGCUACAGGACACCACCCAUGAUCUGAGAGUCCAGUGCUCCAGUGUGGACCGGGCCUUCAGUCAGCGCUGUGCGGAGCUGAUAGAGGCCAGGACCCAGCACGAGAUGAGGCUCGCACAGGUCUUGGAGCAGAUCGGGGCCCAGGAGAGGAGCAUUGUGGCCAUACAGCAGGCUAUCCACAACAAAGAGGCUCCACUGAGAGUAGCUCAGUCCAGACUUUACCAGCGCUCCCUCAGACCCAACAUGGAGCUCUGCAGAGAUGAGCCCCAGUUCAGUUUGGAAGGGGAGGUGAGGCAGAUUGAUGCCACCCUAGCAUCUCUGCGCCAGCAGCUGAGUGAGGCCAGAGGCUCCCUGUCCCACCUGGAAGAGUCACGCAUCAGCCUGGAGAAGGAUAUUAACUGUAAAACCCACUCACUGUUCAUCGAGAGAGAAAAGUGCAUGACUCAACGUAAACGAUACCCGGCGGUUUCCACACUGUCCGGAUACUGAAGAC